CUUCCCGAGCCCAGCCCGAGGCCUCCCGCCCCUAGCGCCUUCCCAGCCUACUCCUGCCGCUUCCCGGAGGUGCCAGAGGAGCAGACUGUGGCCCAUGGGGCCCUCGGUGCUGCCAGCCUGGCUGCAGCCCAGGUAUAGAAAGAAUGUGUAUCUUUUCAUCUAUUAUUUAAUUCAGUUCUGUGGCCACUCAUGGAUACUGGCAAAUAUGACAGUCAGAUUCUUCUCAUUUGGGAAAGAUUCAAUGGUCGACACAUUUUAUGCUAUUGGAUUGGUUAUGCGGGUGUGCCAAUCCAUUUCCCUUCUGGAGCUACUGCACAUUUACAUUGGCAUUGAGUCAAGUCAGCUUUUCCCACGCUUUUUGCAGCUCACAGAGAGAGUGACCAUCCUUUUUGGAGUGAUUACCAGUCAAGAGGAGGUUCAAGAGAAAUAUGUAGUGUGUGUUUUAUUCAUCUUAUGGAAUCUACUGGAUAUGGUAAGGUACACUUAUAGCAUGCUGUCAGUCAUAGGGACAUCUUAUCCUGUCUUGACAUGGCUCAGUCAAACACUCUGGAUGCCAGUUUACCCUCUGUGUGUUUUUGCUGAAGCAUUUACCAUCUAUCAGUCACUGCCUUAUUUUGAGUCAUUUGGCACAAACUCCACCAUGCUUCCGUUUGACAUAUCCACCUAUUACCCUUACGUGCUGAAGCUGUAUCUCAUGAUGCUCUUCAUAGGUAUGUAUUUCACCUACAGCCAUCUUUAUACAGAAAGAAAAGACAUCCUCCGAGUUGUUUCUGUCAAACAGAAGAACAUGUGAGGUACACAGGAGAGAAGAUGGGUUGGUGGAUUAAGCUGCAGCAAAUACAACACUGGGCACCUGCUAGAGAAAAAGAACAUAGAACUGGACAAAAAUGUACAAUGGCACCAUGUUCCAAAGCUACUGUGCUUUAAGAAGAAAUCCACAACAGGUGCAGCAUACACUGCUUCACCAGGGCUGUGGCCUUUAUACAAGUUACAUUUAUAAUGAGUGAACUCUGAAUGUUUUCCUGUAAUGUUAAUGACAUGGAGAUUCAAGGAGGAGUAAAUUCCAUUGACUUGAGAAACCAACUGAUUAAUCUGCAAUCGCAACUAACAGAUUUAUAAGAAGGGGAUGCAGCAAAAUGCCCUCUUUGAUUCUAAGAUAACAGACUCUAUAGACAAAUGCUCCUGUCCUUAGAACCAUGAACAUUAAAAUUACAUAUACUCAGAAAAUUAAACAUCUUCCUGUAUCUUAGUUCAGGUUGCUGCUGUAUCAUGAAGUGCACUCCUACCUUAUUAAACUUGGUUGUCAAAACUGUAGAAAUUUAUGUUUUAGGGUUUGGGAGACUUGGAAGUAGAAGAGCAAGAUGCUAGCCGAUUAAGUAAGAUUAGUAUAGGCAUGAACUGUAGACUGGAUCAGCCUCUCUAGCAGGAACACUGCUAGUUUGGGCUGUAGCUAAUAGAGAUAGAAAGACAAUUAGACGUCUUAGAUUUGACAGAAUGCACCCUUAAGCUCUUUUGGGAGGUGAUGUUGCAUUACAGAUUAUCAGAGGUGCCUCUUCGAAUGCAUAGGGGCUACUUAUCAGCUCUGAUUUAGAUGAUGAUGAGUUCAGCAUCUUCAAACUCUUCCACCUUCCAUUAAUUCCAAAGCAGCUUCUCCACUUCUACGCUUUGCAUACAUCAGUGCUUUACCUUUUGUAACUACUCAUCACUUAGUCUAAUUUGUUGCAACAAAAUAUUAUUAAAUUGAGUGCUUCUAGAAAUUGAGAAGCUAAUAGUAUUAGGAUGCCAAGUGACAAGUGACUUUUGAGUGUGGGAUGCAGAUGGAGGCCUCCUCCCAGAUCUGUUCUUGUGAACUCACUAAUCUUCACAAAAGCUUCCUCUUCAUCCCUACUUACUUCCCAAAGCCCCACCUCCAAGUACUUCCACUCUAAAAAAACCCUCAAUAUCUACUAAUUCACAUCAUAAAAUGUUAUUAGUGGCCCCUUGGUUACUAUGGAGUUAUUAUUAUAACUGUUACAUGAUUUUAGACAAUUGUAUACAUACCCGUAUCUGUGCAAAAUGUACACCUUUCCAGUGCAAUCUGUGCUUAGAUACUUCCGAGACACAUAAAGUAGCUUUAACCCUACCUAGGUGCAUGCCCAAAUACUAUUUGUCUUGGUAACUUGUGUUUUCAAAAGCUGUCAGGAAAAGACUUGUAACAAAACUCUCCUUUAUGUAGUUAAGAACGUGGUCUAAAGAAGCAGCUUCCUAUUUGACAAAGUGAAACAUCCUGACUGAACAAUUUACCUCUUACUUGGGGUCACAGGUAACCAGGAGGGAGGUUGUUCUUACUUCAGUGGCAUAGCUUUGAGUUUAGUCUUUAGGGUUACCAAUGUAGACUCUUUAGAGCACUAAUAGCCAGAAAAACCACAUGACUUUUCCAUCCAUGACUGCUCAAAACAAAGAGCUAGGAGAGAGAGGACUGAGGAUGAUCUUAUUUCCUUCUUUUUGUAAACUUCUGUUUUCCUGUGAAGAACAGGAGGAAACACCAGGUUUGAGAAGAAACUGGACUGAAAAGACACGAUAAGUCUGAAAUAUGAAGUCUACGCAGAUUCUUCCAUUCCUUGGGCAUCAGCAAAUGUUUGGUUGCUGAUUCACAAUGAGAAAAUGUCCUCAGUGCCCACUUCCUCUUCACUAAUCAUUGUCUCCUGUGUUUCCAAGGUAUACUGGAAUCCAGAGGACUUUAAUGCGUGCAGAAAAACCUGCUCUGUUUCAGUAGUCUCAGGCUGCCCUGUGCCAAAGGCCUGGUUUUUUUCUUAGCAGAUGUACACCUUAAAGUGGGAGCCAAGAUGUCUGAGGCAGUCGAAAUAGAUAUUUUUUGCUCCAUUUUAAAGCAGAAAACAAUGUUCCCCAUGGUACUGUUGCAAGACUUCAAACAAGUUAAGCAAAAUGAAACGUCUAAUGUUUUCACAAUCUGAUACCCAGUAGUAAAUGCUAGAUGGCUUUCAGUCUCUACUUGGGAGGAAAUACACAAUAGUGCAUAUGGGAAGGAGAAGAAAAGCUGGUAUAAAUUGCUUCUACUUUUUUUUUUCUCUUGGCUUAAACUAUCUCCUCAUAGUCCGACCUGUAAAGGAAUUAUAUAUUUAGAAAACAGAACUAGUAGUGCUGCUGUGACUUGGUGCGCUCUGGACAUGAAGAAGACGCAUGCCACCUGUAAGUAGCAGAAGUUCUGUGGUGUUUGUGAAAGCCCAGGCCUUUGUGUGUAAGACACAACACCACCUGACUUCAGUGCCCUGACUUUCCUUCCUAAUGAUCCCUUAUAUGUGUAUUUAUAUGAUUGUUUGAAGACUGGGCCCUGGUUGAAGUCACAAUAAUCAACAAGCACCAAAAUUAUAAAGCUGCCUGCGUCUCUAGCCAUUACAGGAGCUGAAACUUUAGACCACUAAUACUUUAAGCCUUUAGGCCACUAAUAUUCUGGUGAUGAGGUCUUCAGUGUUAUAAAAAGAUUGAUCUUCUGAGGAGAUAUUUAACCCUUUUUGCUGGUCUAACAUCUUGUCAUCUUUCUCCCAGGGAAACCUAGUUCAAGUUUGAUUGGGGCUACCUCCUCUGUGUCCAGGACUCAGGUCAACACCUGACUUAGGCCUAACCACUGAGUAUAUCCCCCCUGCCAGGUACCAAAUACUUAUUAAAAGACCUACAUGUAUUCCUAGAGUCUUCCCAGUAUUGAUUCCACCAUUCCUGUGGGGGAAAAGAACCGUUCUUUACCCUUAGUAAUGGUAGCUUGUAGCCAUUUUGGUAAGUAGGAGGCACAAUCUCCAGAGGGAGACCACAGGAUUCAUCAGACCAUCCACUGAGUUUCUUGGUUUGUGAACUAAUAGUCUCUUUUGUGGCCAUUGCUAUUGUGAACUGGAUAACUUUCACUUGCACUCAUGACAACCCAGCACAGGAAUUCUACCUGUUACUGAUGAGCGUAACUUGGGUACCAGUCGAUGUCACUCCUAGUGAUCGGAGUGUGCCUAGCGGUUCUCUAAGUGGGUGUUUUAUCAAAAAGAAUAAAAUUUGUCUAACUCAAUGACUAGGCUUCAUGGAAAGUAGAUUAUCAUAUCCUUGUCACUUGUAUGGUUUGCUUUCACUGGCAAAAUCUUCCCACACACGUAAAAAUAAAAGUCACAUUGCACAGAACUCAUAAGAUUAUUUUACUAGAACUUAAGGGAGAGAAAAUAUACUCCAGUUUUCACAAAGAAAAGAAGAUUUGUAAAAGUCUGUCUAUAUAGAAGUCAUGUUCUAUUUCAGUUCCAAAUGCCUAGGUACCCAAGGAAUGCACCAUUCUCCUGGCCACACACACAGUGAGAUGUCAGUAUGUAGUCAUCUUCUCAUGACCUCCUACGGUGAGGAUCACUUCUCACAGAUCUCAGGUAGCAGUCCUAAAAAGCUUCUGUUUCUCUGGUCUGUCUCCUUCAGUGGAGAAUGGUGCUGCUUCCUGUGACUGUCACCAACCAUACGCUCUGGUCCACACAGCUUUCUUCUUAAACUCUGGGAGAACUCUCAGGGACAGCAGGGUGGCUAGGAGGACAAGAACACAGGACAGAGUGAUGCACUUGACAGAGCUGUGCUGUGUCUGAAAAGAUCAUUUGGAUCAAAAAGGUGUCAAAACAGUAAAUAGGAGAUUUUGCAGAACUACUGAUGUUUGGCCUGCUAGUGAUAAUUGUUUCUUAAUGUCAUUACUAUUUACAUGAAAUGCUGCCUCUGUAACAAUUUACUUUAAAUUUGUGUUCUUUUAUACAUGAACUGGUUUAUCUCCAUUAAAUGUUUAAUUAAAGAGAAGUCCUCACACCUAUAAGAAGGCUGAGUUCUUGUGUUCAAUGAAGCAAGUGUACUCACACUAAAUUUUACCUGGACAUUUAUCUGUAAUGUAUGUAUUUCCCAUUGUGUUAUGGGUUCCAAGGAACAAUUAAAAGUAGAGAAAUUCUGAUUAA